AUGUUUACGUUCAUCGACGCCAUCCUGACCUUCCUGGCCCUUUUCCUCCGGACGCUACUCUGCCUUCCGAUCUGCGCGGAGGCGGACGAAGAAUCCCUGAUCGGCACUUUUGUCGCCAUCGACCUCCCGGCAUACUUCCGGGUCUUCACCACCAACGGCACGAAAGACAACAGUGCCUACAGCGCACGGCGUUCCGCUCCUGCGGAUAAGCUUACCGCGAAGUACCCUACCAUGGCCCAGCUCAAGCUGAACUUCGCCGAUGCCUUCGAGCGCCCCUCCAUGGAUCAGUUCAAAUACAACUUCGAGGACGUUUACGCCCACCCCUCCAUGGCCGAGUUCAAACUCAACUUUGAAGACGCCUACUCUGCUUCUCGCCCAAGGCAGGGGGCCCACCCCACUCCUUCCCGCAUGCCCAUUGCUCCCGCGCCAUUGCCCCACCUCAGGCUCGCCCUCAUUCGCGUUGACUACGGCCUCACGCCCACACCUCCCCUUCACAUUAUGCGGAAGAAGACCAAGCGCCUCGCGCUGCAGAACAUCUCCAACGUCUGUGCCGCGCCCGAGAAACGCGGUACGCCUCGCCGCUCGACGGAUUGGGGGAAGGCGCCUCCUGCUCUCACUCCCGCUCCUGCCUUUACGACCUCGUGGCUGGAUGAAGACGAGCUUCCCCGCUCUAUGAACGAUUUCAACAACCUCCUCGCAUCUCAACUUGCCUUCGGAUCCCCCCAAGUGCUUUCGAUGGACGAAGAAUCGGAUAUGCAUGGUGGAUAG